GGCUUAAUGAAAGACAUGUUCGGAAGUGCCUCCUUGCGCGUGGUGUUUGGGAUCAGAUCGGCGACUCGACAAGAUGGCGGACGUCGUAGCGGAUGGGGAAAAACUCAGCAAAAAGACCCGCGCAUCAUGUUGACGCUGGUCAGAGCAGCCAGGCAGCCCGUGUGCUGGGCCGUCGGGUUACGGGCGCAGAAGUUUGCGCCUCAGGUUCGCCAAACGCUCCCUUCGCUUAUUGAAGGAUGCCGCUGGAGAGGUGACAAAAGUGAGCUCAAGAGGCGCAUGAAGGCGGAGAAGAAAGCUGCAGAGAAGGAAGCCAAGGUCAAGGACCAAGAUGAACAGAGCAAGGAGGCGAGCGACAAACGGCAGCACGAGCAUGUGGACGGAGUGGACGAGGAGACUCUGGACCCCAAUCAAUACUUCAAGAUCCGCACUCAGGCCAUCCAGACUCUGAAGGGAACCGCUGAAGACCCCUAUCCCCACAAGUUUCACGUGGACUUAUCGCUUACAGAGUUCAUUGAGAAAUACAACCACCUUCAGCCCGGGGAGCAGUUAUCAGAUGUCAUCCUCAGUGUUUCAGGUCGAGUCCAUGCCAAGAGGGCCUCGGGGGCCAAACUGCUCUUCUAUGACCUGAGAGGAGAGGGUGUCAAGCUGCAGGUUAUGGCGAACUCCAGGAAUUACAAAUCAGAGGAAGACUUCAUUCAUAUCAACAAUAAAUUGCGCCGUGGUGACAUUAUAGGUGUUCGUGGUAAUCCUGGGAAGACAAAGAAAGGCGAGCUGAGCAUCAUCCCCGUAGAGAUGACCCUGCUGUCACCGUGUCUGCACAUGCUCCCUCACCUGCAUUUUGGUCUGAAGGACAAGGAAACUCGGUAUCGUCAGCGCUAUUUGGACUUGAUCCUGAACGACUCUGUGAGGCAAAAGUUUAUGACUCGUGCCAAGAUCAUCACAUACCUGCGCAACUUCUUGGACCAGCUUGGUUUCCUUGAGAUCGAGACCCCGAUGAUGAACCUGAUUCCUGGAGGCGCCGUGGCUCGACCUUUUAUCACCUAUCACAACGAGCUGGAUAUGAACCUGUACAUGAGGAUUGCGCCUGAGCUUUACCACAAGAUGCUGGUGGUUGGAGGCUUCGACCGUGUCUAUGAAAUCGGUCGUCAGUUCCGAAACGAAGGCAUCGACCUUACCCACAACCCAGAGUUCACCACGUGCGAGUUUUAUAUGGCCUACGCUGACUACCAUGACCUGAUGGACAUCACCGAGAAGCUUCUCUCAGGAAUGGUGAAGCACAUCACAGGAGGUUAUAAGGUGACCUAUCACCCUGAUGGACCAGAAGGACAAAGCUAUGAAAUCGACUUCACUCCACCUUUUAAGAGAAUCAGCAUGUGUCAUGAUCUGGAAAAGGAGAUGGGAGUGAAAUUUCCAGCCCCUGACACUUAUGAUUCUGAUGAAACUCGCAAAUUCUUCGAUGACUUGUGUGCUCAGAAGGGAGUGGAAUGUGCUGCUCCAAGAACAACCGCUCGCCUCUUGGAUAAGUUAGUGGGAGAUUUCCUGGAGGUGAAAUGCAUCAACCCUACGUUUAUUUGUGACCAUCCUCAGAUCAUGAGCCCACUGGCAAAAUGGCACAGAUCCCAGAAAGGACUGACCGAACGCUUUGAGCUUUUCGUCUUGAAGAAAGAGAUCUGUAACGCCUACACAGAGUUGAACGACCCUAUCAAGCAGCGCGAGCUUUUCGAGCAGCAGGCUAAGGCUAAGGCUGAAGGUGAUGAUGAGGCCAUGUUUAUAGAUGAGACAUUCUGCACGGCAUUAGAAUAUGGUCUUCCACCUACUGCAGGAUGGGGCAUGGGCAUCGACCGCCUCACAAUGUUCCUAACUGACUCCAAUAACAUCAAGGAAGUCCUUCUCUUCCCUGCCAUGAAGCCUGAAGACAAUAAACCCACUCCUCCAGCAGAGGGCACUUCAGUUUAACACUGUGGCUUGUGAUGUCUUCUGAUCAGAAAUCAGUGACACGCAAGAUUAUUCGUCAGCACCAGGGUUCAUGUUUCUGCCUGACUGUGCAGUUUACUGAUAAAGAUGGAUGAUUGUCACAAAGGAUUUUACAUUGCUGGAGAAGGGAACCAUAUUAAUGUUUUUUACUCAGUUAGGCAGAAGCAGUCAACACUGUUUCCUUUUUUUUUUUUUUUUUCCCCUUCUUCUUUUUACUGUUGUGGGUUAACGUCAAGUUCUUACCCUGGAGCAAUCAAGAAAAUGAAGAAUCAAAUCCAGCCAUAUUUUUCUGUAAUAUUGGUUUUAAUACCACAUGUCUCUGUAUUUUUAUUGAUCACCAUAUGAUCAUGGGAAUAAACCUUCAUGUGCGCGAUUAAA